AUGGCCAACUACCAUCCUCGCGCAGUCCAGCAUGCCAUAUCCAAUCCAUCACUCUUGCACGAAUCAGCCUUUAUCGGAGGCAAUUGGGUCUCCAGCUCGAAGACAUUCCCCGUGUACAACCCGGCUACCAAAGGCGUGAUUGCCAACAUCGCCGAUCUAGGUUUGGAUUCCUUCAAGCAGGCCAUUGACCAUGCCCAAACGGCGUUUGAAGAGUUCCGGAGCACCACGGAGCAUGGCCGGUCUCGACUGCUACACAGAUACGCCGCGCUCAUCAGGGCCAAUGCCAAGGAUCUAGCCGUGAUUCUGACCAUGGAGAACGGCAAGACGCUGGCCGAGGCUGAAGGCGAGGUCGAGUACGGCGCAAGCUUCAUUACCUGGUUUGCCGAGGAAGCCGUCCGCAACUACGGAGACAUCGUCCCAUCGCAGCAUCCCGGAACCACAAACUUCAUCGUCCGCCAGCCCGUCGGAGUCUGCGCAAUCAUCGCCCCGUGGAAUUUCCCCAUCGCCAUGAUCACCAGGAAGUUGGGACCGGCCCUGGCUGCAGGCUGCACGGUCGUCAUCAAGCCGCCGAGCGAGACGCCGCUGUGCACCCUGGCUCUCACGGAACUCGCCCAGCAAGCCGGCUUCCCGCCCAAUGUGAUCCAGGUCGUCCCAACUCGUGACAGGACAGCUGUCACCGAGCUCUACACCAACCCCGCCAUCAAGAAGGUCAGCUUCACGGGCUCGACCGGGGUUGGAAAGAUGAUCGCCGAGAAGGCCGCCGGCACGAUGAAGAAGGUAUCGAUGGAGCUGGGCGGGAAUGCCCCGUACAUUGUGUUUGACGACGCCGACCUGGACAAGGCCGUCGACGGUGUUUUGGCGUGCAAGUUCCGCUGUUCCGGACAGACCUGCGUCUGCGCGAACCGAUUGUUUGUGCAGCGAGGCAUCCACGACGCGUUCGUCCGGGCCCUGUCGGAGCGCAUGGGGGAGUUCAAGGUCGGCUCCGGCCUCGAUCCCAGCGUCACACACGGACCGCUCAUCAAUGGCGCAUCGGUGGCCAAGGUCAAGAGCCACAUUGACGAUGCCGUCGCCAAGGGAGCAAAGCUUGUCUGCGGUGGCAGCAUCAGGGACGACCUCGGCGGAUAUUUCAUCGAGCCGGCCCUGUUGACGGGCGUGACCCCGGCAAUGGCUGUGGCUCGGGAGGAGACGUUCGGGCCGCUGGCACCGGUGUUCACGUUUGACACCAUUGAGGAGUGCAUCAAAAUGGCCAACGAUACGGAGUUUGGGCUCGCUGGGUAUUUUUUCUCAAAUAACCUAAAGACCAUAUGGCAUGUGGCUGCCCAGCUCGAGGUGGGCAUGGUCGGCGUGAAUACAGGCAAGAUAAGUGCUGCUGAGGCCCCGUUUGGUGGUAUCAAGGAAUCGGGAUUGGGGCGGGAGGGAAGUAAGUAUGGUCUCGCCGAGUUCCAGGUGAUGAAGAAUAUAACGCUUGGAGAUAUGUAA